AUGGACGUGGACGUGGACAUGGACGUGGACGCGGACGUGGACGUGGACGUGGACGCGGACGUGGAUGUGGACGUGGACAUGGACGUGGACGUGGACGUGGACGUGGACGUGGACGUGGAGGUGGAGGUGGACGUGGACGUGGACGUGGACGUGGACGUGGACGUGGUCGUGGACGUGGACAUGGACGUGGAGGUGGACGUGGAGGUGAAGGUGGACGUGGAGGUGGAGGUGGACGUGGACGUGGACCCAGACGUGGACGUGGACGUGGACGUGGACGCGGACGUGGAUGCGGACAUGGACAUGGAUGUGUACGUGGACAUGGACAUGGACGUGGACGUGGAUAUGGACAUGGACGUGGACGUGGACGUGGACGUGGACGUGGACGUGGACGUGGACGCGGACGUGGACGUGGACGUGGACGCGGACGCGGAUGUGGACGUGGACGUGGACGCGGACGUGGACGUGGACGCGGACGUGGACGUGAACGUGGACGCGGACGUGGACGUGGACGUGGACGCGGACGUGGACGUGGACGUGGACGCGGACGUGGACGUGGACGUGGACGCGGACGCGGACGUGGACGUGGACGCGGACGCGGACGUGGACCUGGACGUGGACGCGGACGUGGACCUGGACGUGGACGCGGACGUGGACCUGGACGUGGACGCGGACGUGGACCUGGACGUGGACGCGGACGUGGACAUGGACGUGGACGCGGACGUGGACAUGGACGUGGACGCGGACGUGGACAUGGACGUGGACGCGGACGUGGACAUGGACGUGGACGCGGACGUGGACAUGGACGUGGACGUGGACGUGGACAUGGACGUGGACGUGGACGUGGACAUGGACAUGGACAUGGAUAUGGACAUGGACAUGGACGUGGACGUGGACGUGGACGUGGACGUGGACAUGGACGUGGACGUGGACAUGGACAUGGACGUGGACGUGGACGUGGACGUGGACGUGGACGUGGACAUGGACGUGGACGUGGACGUGGACGUGGACAUGGACGUGGACGUGGACGUGGACGUGGACAUGGACGUGGACAUGGACGUGGAGGACUUGGACGUGGACAUGGACGUGGUCGUGGACAUGGACAUGGACAUGGACAUGGACAUGGAUAUGGACGUGGACCUGGACGCGGACGUGGACAUGGACGCGGACGUGGACGCGGACGUGCAAGUGGACGUGGACGUGGACGUGGACGUGGACGUGGACAUGGACGUGGACGUGGACGUGGACAACUUGGACGUGGACGUGGACGUGGUCGUGGACGUGGACGUGGACGUGGACGUGGACGUGGACAUGGACGUGGACAUGGAUGUGGACGUGGACGUGGACGUGGACAUGGACGUGGACAUGGUCGUGGACGUGGUCGUGGACGUGGACGUGGACGUGGACGUGGACGUCGACGUCGACGUGGACGUGGACGUCGACGUGGACGUCGACGUGGACCUGGACGUGGACGUGGACGUGGACAUGGACGUGGACGUGGACGUGGACGUGGACGUGGACCUGGACGUGGACAUGGACGUGGAGGACUUGGACGUGGACAUGGACGUGGUCGCGGGGACGUGGACAUGGACGUGGACGCGGAUGUGGACGUGGACGUGGACGUGA